CUUAUGUAUACAAUUUUUAAAAUACAAUAGCUAUUAUACAUAAAAUACAACUUCAGAGUAAUGUAUUCUUUUCCUCUCUAUCCCUCCAUCCAUAAGUCAUACCUCAGCAUCCAUAAAUAUAAAAUUUAAUUAUUAAUCAAUAGAAAUAGACUUAAUAAAUUUUUUUUAAUUAAAUUUUAGUUAACAGACGUAGUUUUAUUAGUUGGUGUGGAAAUUUUUACAGCCCAUAGGGUCGUUUUAGCUUCGAUAAGUCCAUAUUUUUUUGCCAUGUUCAACGGCGAAAUGAAAGAACAUGAAACAAACGAGAUCAUUUUACACGAAAUCGAUGCGACAGCCGUCCAAUUACUCAUCGAUUACGCUUACACCGGUCAAAUUACGAUCACCGCCGAUAACGUCCAAGUUCUUUUACCGGCGAGCUCUUUACUUCAAAUGGAAGAAGUUAGAGAAGCGUGUUGUCGGUUUUUAAUGAAGCAACUUCACCCAACUAAUUGUUUGGGGAUACGAAGUUUCGCCGAUACGCAUUCUUGUAAAGAGUUGCAUAUAAAAUCGCAUUUUUUUGCGUUACAAAAUUUCCAAGAAGUUGUUAACACCGAAGAAUUCUUGUUAUUACCGUUUAAUGAGGUUGAGGAGUUAAUCUCGAACAGCCAAUUAAAUAUUUCUUCGGAGGAAGAUGUUUUUACGGCCGUUUUAAAUUGGGUUAAACAUGAUUUAACGAAGCGAAACGAAUUUAUUUCGAAGUUGAUGCAACAUGUUCGACUUCCGUUGGUUAAUAGAGAAUUUUUGAUGACUCGGGUUGAUAAUGAAAGAUUGGUGCGGGAAAACGGAGCUUGCCGAGAACUUCUUCUUGAGGCGAUGAGGUACCAUUUAGCCCCUGAACGAAGAUGCGCCCUAACAACACCCAGAACGUUAGAAAGAAAACCGAAAGGGACUCAACCUUACCUUUUCGCAAUCGGUGGAGGUUCCUUAUUUGCAAUUCAUUCCGAAUGCGAAGUUUACAACCCAAAAAAAGAUUCUUGGGCUCAAAUCGCUUCGAUGCAAUGGCGUAGAUCACGUUCGGGGGUCACUGGAUUAAGCCGACUUCUUUAUGUGGUCGGAGGAUAUGAUGGGGCGUCCGAUUUAGCAACUGCGGAGUCUUAUAACCCGCUAACAAACACUUGGGGAUCAAUAACUCCAAUGGGAACAAAAAGAUCUUGUUUAGGAAUUUGCUCUUUCGACGGGUUAAUUUAUGUUUGCGGUGGCUACGACGGCGCUUCUUGCUUAUCAAGCAUGGAACGUUUCGACCCAUUAACCGGGAUUUGGUGUAGUUGCCCCGCGAUGUCCACCCGGCGAAGAUAUUGCCGAAUUUCGGUUGUAGAAAAUUGUAUUUACGCCCUCGGUGGGUUUGAUUCAACGAAUUACCAAGCUUCCGUGGAGCGUUUCGAUCCAAGAAUGGGGACUUGGUUUCCUGUACCUUCGAUGUCUUCGCGGAGAAGUAGUUGCGGGGUCGCUUCUUUAAACGGAAACUUGUAUUGUAUCGGCGGAAACGAUGGGACAAUGUGUAUGUCGAGUGGAGAAAGAUUCAAUGUAAGACGAAACGCUUGGGAACCGAUCCCAUCGAUGAAUAAUCGGAGGUCGACCCAUGAAGUUGUCGCAAUCGAUGGGUUUAUUUACGCUUUGGGCGGUAACGAUGGGGCGUGCUCGUUGAAUUCGGUGGAAAAAUACGACCCAAAAACGAAUAAGUGGGUUUUAGUGACAUCUAUGAAUACGAGGAGGAGUUCUAUCGGGGCUGCGAUUUUAGAUUGCAUCGAUAUUGAAGCGGUUUUGAGGAGGAUGAAGAGUUGACAAUAAAUUUUGUUUAUAAAAGCUUGGCUUAAACAAUUUAUAGUUAUUUUAUCGUGAUACACUUUGAUUAUUAAUUAAUUGUUGUUAAGCACUGCCAUUUUAAUGUAUUUUGUAAUUAUU